AGCAUGGAGAUGGUCAGUAUAAUGAAUAGCCUUAAACUGAAGAAGAACUUGAGAGGCACUGUAAUCAAUCAACAACGUAGACGUCUUCACUGGCUCUUCCGGACUGAUUGGAAAAGAUUUAGAACGGUUUGCCGAAACAGUUCCUAAACCGAAAGGAGCUGUGCCCGGAUUUGGUCUACCGGGAUGGAAGAUGAUGCCUUUGGAGCAUAAGAUACCCAUGAUACCUGCUCCGAAGGGUGCUUACAAUUUCACACGACGGAAAGUAGGAAAGAAAUUAUGGGAACCGAAAUUGGAGUUUGAUUUAAGCGAUCCUUAUUGUCAUGAAGCUAAAUUCCCUUAUGAACCCCUGCACGACAAGCAUCUACUCGAGUUCUUCUCCAGACAGAUAAAUCUAAAAUCUUUACUGAAAGCCGACCUAAUUACAGACGACAUGGACGUAAAAUGUUCGUUGCGUGAUUACAAUACAUACAGAAAAUACUUAAGACAAGUACACGCUGAUCGUAUAAAGAGGGAAUUGAGAAAAAGAAACCGUUUGUUCGUUGAGAGGAGAGCUCUACAUUUCGCUGAAGACCAGGCGCGCAAGGAAACAGAAAGAUUGAAAGAAAGAGAGAAGUUGUCCAGCGAGAGACAACUUCUCGUGCAGCAACGAUUACUACAGGAAGAUUUAAAAAUUCGGAAGUUGAAAGAACGAGCAUUCAGAACAACUCAAAGAUUGAAAUUAUUAAAGCUUAUUAGGCAAGAGGAACAACGACUAAUAAACAUUAAACAUGAAGAGAAAAGCGAGCAGAUUCGGCAGAAAUGCAAAAUUGCGACGAAAAUUGCCCGACAUAAAGUGAUCGAUACACUGAUGGACUGGAAGAAGAAGGACAAGGCGCGAAAGAAAGGCAUGGAAAAGAGACUAAUAGAUAUUGAACAACAAAAGAAGAAGAACAUGGAAGAAAGAUGGAGGAAAAAGCAGCAGUUCCAAGAAGAAGAUAUUGCGAAACAAGAAAUGUUGUUACAGUGCAUAGACGCACGCCGUCAAAGAUUCAUAGAGGCUUACAAUAACAAAAUAAAUGAAGAAGCUACCAAAAUGAAAAGACUUUUGGACAACGCAAAACUAUUUACAAAUUGUUACAUGAAAAGGCAUCUACUAGGUGGGAGAAAAGUCAUUUGCUGCAAAAAAUACUUUAAAAACAAUACGAACAAAAAUAUGAAGAAAAAAUAACUCACAAAAUUCGAUGAAUUCUUCAUCAAAAUCCAUAAAACGAAAGAAAUACAAAGUAUGAAGGUGAUACUUUCAAUUUAUAUCGUACAUUUUUAUACUUUAAUAAAAAUUACUAUUUCAAAUGACACAGAUUAACGCAAGUGGUGCCAGAACGUAACACAAAAAUUGAAAUAGCAGACUAAAACAAUAUGGACCAAUCGUUAGUGAAAACAGAUUAGUAAAAAAAAUAAAUUUUUUAAAUAUUCAUUGCGAAACAAAAUUUAAAUAAAAAUUGUGUCAACGAAAACAGGAAUAGUCAAUGCUAUGUGCAAAAUCAAUAUUAGAAAACAAAUGUCACGUAAAGAAUAAUAAACAAUAUAUAAUACGUAAAAUUUUAUUAAAAAUACUGGAAAGUACAUUGAGUUAUGGGCAAAAUAUUUAGCAAUGUUACGUAAAAAUAAUACAAAAUAAGAAUUAUUAUAUUUA